ACUCAUGUAUUAGCGAUUGGUGUAUCAACUAGAAUCAAGAAUGUGAAUUCGGAUUUAUUUUUGAAGUUGAUCCAUCCAAUACAAAACAAAGACCAAUUAUCUGCGACUACGUUUUAUCAUUAUCUUCGCUUAAUUGAUAUCAAACAAAUAUAUCGGACAAGUAAAUAAUAAAGGCAAUUAUUGUGUCUAUCACAUUGAAGUUUAUUAUGUUAAAUUGAACACUGCAACCGUGAGUGGUAUCCGCGUUUACGUCAAUUCGAAAUAAAAUGGAAUAAAGCAACACUUUAUGAAGUAAAUUAAAUAAUAAUUAAAAUGGCAGACAAGACAGUGACAAACAAAAAAAAUGAAGAGAAACCUCUUAAUAAAGAAAUUGAACAUAAAAAAUAUAAAGACAAAGGAUUUACAGAAAAACUAUGGCAUAUAAAGGACAACAUAACAGUGGAACCAUUGCUAGCUGGACUUAUAAUACCCAGCGUUAUAUCACGGUUUGCCAUGGCAAAUUUCAAUUUAGACAAAGCCUGCAAAGUAAAUCUAAGAUUUAGUGACGAAAUUUGCGAAGCAUUAGCCAAAAGGACAUCGAAUAAUAAUUACUCAUCAUACGAGAAAGAAGUUCAGACUUUAAUAUCGUCAAUAGAUAUUUGGAAGAGUAUAAUCCACACUGGUUUACCCUGUAUUCUGAUCAUGUUUCUUGGUGCUUGGAGUGAUAGAACAGGAAAAAGAAAACUCUGCAUUAUGUUACCAAUAUUUGGUGAAAUAGCCACAUCCGUUAAUAAUUUGGUUAACGUAUAUUUCUUCUACGAAAUUCCUGUACAAGUGACUGUAUUCUUAGAGACGUUUUUCACUGCUAUUACGGGUGGUUGGGUGACUAUGUUUCUUGGUGUAUUUAGUUAUAUAAGUGAUAUCACUUCGGAAAGAUCAAGAACCUUUAGAGUAGGCCUGGUCAACUUCUGUAUGACUGCAGGACUGCCUAUCGGAAUAGCAGUGGGUGGUAUCUUGGUACAGAGGAUGGGAUACUAUGGUAUAUUUUCUAUGACUACCGGCCUCUUUACGAUUGUAUUCCUCUAUGGUUGCUUCGGCUUGAAGGAACCAGAUGACUGGCUGAGAGAUAGAGGACUACAGCCUAUUGAACGAAGCGACAACAAGGGAGUAUCGUUUUUCGAUGUGACGCACGUUCUUGAUACUGUCAACGUCGCGUUCCGUAAACGACCCUCAAACAGACGGUCAAAAGUGAUCCUGACUCUUCUGACCGUGUUCAUACUGUUCGGCCCUUCCAUGUCGGAGCACUCCAUAUUCUACUUGUUCACGAGAAACCGCCUGAAUUGGGACAUGGUCAAGUACAGUCUCUUUACGAGCUAUUCUAUCAUACUGCAUUCAUUUGGUGCAAUGUUCUCCAUUACUAUCUUGAGUCGAAGACUCCAGAUCGACGACUCCCUAUUGUGUCUCAUCUCAGUGGCCAGCAAAUUGAUUGGCUCUCUUUGGACUGCUUUCGUCAAAACAGAUAUUGAAAUGUAUUUAAUUCCAGUGGCUGAGCUGCUAAAUGGUACUACGUUUACAUCUUUACGGUCAAUUAUUUCUAAAUUGGUCGACAAACAGGAAAAUGCAAAGGUAAACUCUCUUUUUUCACUAACUGAGACUUUGGCAUCGCUGCUCUUCCAUCCCCUCUACUCCUGGAUCUACAUGAACACGCUAUACGUGCUGCCCGGUGCUGUAUUCAUUACCAGUGCAAUAUUAAUUAUACCAGCUUCGCUUAUUCUAGGGACAUUUUACAUUCAAUACAGAAUAGGUUUACGAAAAUUGAGGAAAAAAGCGCUAGAAGCAGAAGACAAAAAGGAGACGGAAGCAAAACCUCCAAUACCUGAAAACUCAACGGAAAAUGAUUCAACGCACUUAUAGCUUUAAGUUAUGUGAAAUGAGUAUGACUGAAAAGUAUUAAAUGAAUGGCACUUGUUUUUAACCGAAUUCAAAAAAGGA